UGUGGACGGUGGGUCAGCAAACUUGGGCCCGCGCGCAGUCGGUCGCGGUUCUCCACGACAGUGAGGUGAGUGAGACCGGCGGCCACGAAGGCACUCGAGCGCCUCACACGUGCUUCGAUCAGCAGGGAAAAAGCGAAGAAAACUCGCGCUAUCUUUGACCCGUUUCCGCCCUGAAAGCGAGAAAUAAGAAUGCGACGGUGCCACUGACUUUACCGGCCACUUUGCCACGACGACCUUCUCAAAAAUGCUCAAAGGAUUCUCGUUUGCGAUGCAUUAGAUUAUUAAAGCAACCAACAUGGCAAUCAGUUUCAGAAAAUUCCGAAAAUGCUAUAGUUUCCUUGGGAAAAGGAUUAGCAUGCGGCGGCGGCUGUUGACGUCGGUGGUGCUUUUCGUGCUUGGGGUGCUGAUGGUGUCGUCGCUGCUGACCAACUUCGUGGACAGCGACAUGUACGGCGGGCCGGUGACCACGGGCGAGGACUAUUACUACUCGUGGGGCACCUGGAAUGUGGUCAACGCGACGCCGAGCGAGCCGCCCCUGGUGGCGCCGCCCGCCCCCUUCGGCUCGGGCGAGGUCCAGGCCAUCAACAUCGGCCUCAUCAUGAUCAACGCCACCAAUAACACAAAACUGCUCAACAAUUUCAAGGGCUGUGCUGAAAGCAUCCUCCGACAUUCCACUCAGCUUCCUGUGCACUUUGUGCUUUUGACUGACAAUAUAAGUGUGCCUUUGAUACGUGAAGUGAUUAGAAAUUUAGCCAGGAUACGGGCGAAAGUUCCAGUCACCGUGGACUACCUCAACCUGGAGGAAUCCACGCGCAACCACUCUUCUGUGAUAGACCGGCUGCAGCCGUUGUUCUCGCCCACCGACCCGAACAGCAAGUACAACAAGCGGCUGUUCCACAUCGCCCCGAUUUACCACCGCCUGCUGUCGCCGGCCACCACCCGCCUCCUCGUCAUCGACGCCGACGUCCGCUUCAGGGCCGACGUGGCCGACCUUUACCUUCAACUGCUUACCUUCCAGCCCCAAGAGAUGAUGGCCCUGGCGGCCGAGCUCUCGCCCAUGUACGACAAACCCUUUGAAAGGUACCGCAAGUUGAAUGGCAAGAGCAAAGACGGCCUGCCCAAGCCGCAGGGUGGCUUCCCAGGGUUCAACUCGGGGGUGGUGCUCUAUCAUUUGGGCCACAUGCGCAGCAAUGGCGAGUACAACGCCCUGUUGGACCAGAAAUCUGCCAUUGAAAAUCUGUGCAACAAGUUUGGCAACUACAGAGGAGCUGCAGUCGGUGAUCAGGAUUUCCUGACUCUGCUCAAAGUGCACAGGCCGCAGUGGGUGCGUGAAAUCGACUGCGGGUGGAAUUACCAGCUGGACAUGACCAUGGCAGUCCACCCUUUCUUCGGCCAGUACCACCUGUGUGAUUCAGAAGCGAAGAUUCUGCACGGCAACGGUGGUGCCGUCAUUCCGACCGAAUCUGCAUUUGCCUCUUUGACCUCUUCAAUUGCUUCGUUGGAGAAAGCAUAAUUUGACUGAUGAUUUUUUUCUUUCUACAAAAUCUUCCUCUUUUUUGCUAUCAAAAAGAACGAUAUUACAUGCUGGAAUUGAUAAAAAAAAAAAAAUUGUAA